ACACGCACACUCUAUCUCUUUCGAUCUCUCUGUGGUCCAGUGCUCUUCGUUGUUGUUGUUGUUGUUCUUCUUCUUGUUGCUAGAGAGGAAGAGAGAUGGGUAGGGGAAGAGUGGAACUGAAGAGGAUCGAGAACAAGAUUAAUCGUCAGGUAACCUUUUCCAAACGGAGAAACGGUUUGCUUAAGAAAGCUUACGAGCUAUCUGUGCUGUGUGAUGCCGAGGUUGGUCUCAUCGUCUUCUCCAGUCGCGGCAAGCUCUGUGAGUUCGGAAGCCAAGGCAUGAACAAAACCCUUGAGCGCUACGAACGAUGUCGUUGCAUACCUCUAGACACCAAUAUUGAUGCUGUUCAUGAAACACAGAACUGGUACCAGGAAGUUUCAAAGUUGAAGGCAAAAUAUGAAUCUCUUCAGCGCUCACAGAGGAAUUUGCUUGGGGAAGAUCUUGGUCCACUUAAUGUCAAAGAGCUGCAAAAUCUUGAGAAACAGCUUGAAGGAGCUUUGUCACAGGCCAGGCAACGAAAGACACAAAUAAUGAUGGAACAAAUGGAAGAACUCCGGCGAAAGGAACGUCAUCUUGGAGACAUAAACAAGGAGCUCAAAAACAAGAUUGAAACUGAAGGACAUGGUGGUUUUAGAUCCAUUCUUCAGUGCUCAUGGGACUCCUCUACUCCAGUGGUUGGAACCAACAAUUUUUCACCACAUCCUUCCCAUUCCAACCCUGCUAUUAUGGACUGUGAACCCACUUUGCAAAUAGGGUACCCUCUCUCUCUCUCUCUCUCUCUCUCUCUCUCUUUGUGGUUUUUGCUGUACCAAAACUUUGUUACAGUACCAGUACCAGUACCAGAAGGAACAACCAUUCCUCGGAGCGUAGGUGGCGAGAAGCUCUUGGUUGUUUCGAUCACUGCAUCCAUGGCUCCUACAUCAACGAAAUUUGAUAUUGACAAGUUCGAUGGGAGCAUUAGCUUCAGCUUAUGGCAAGUUCGGAUGAUGGUUGUUCUUGCACAGCAAGACUUGAGAGAAGCCCUGCUUGGGAAAGCGAAGAAACCUGCAACUAUGUCUGAGGAGGAGUGGAACAAGAUGGAUAUCAAAGCCCUUUCGGCUAUCUAG